UUUUAACAGUUUCUCCUAUAUAAACCUUUAGUAAUCCGGCAGAUAAAAUCAGCUGUUGUACUUAAUCCCCAGCAUUGAGCUGACACUGAAACAGACAGGCGGUGUUUCCGCUCAGCACGGGAAGUAAAGAAAAAUUGACGUCAGCUCUCAAAACAGACGUUCUUAAGAAAACAUAAUCUACUGGAUUCCAAACGUCACAUCAGCCUGGGGUGGGAGCAGAAAGCAAAAACUGAAAGGACAACUGCAACAAUGGCAUACAACAAACGCUUAUACACUGUCCUCGUUUUUUUCUGUGGCCUGGCUGUGAUACUUGCAGACUGCACGGUUUCUUGUUACAGGAUUGAGCCAGGGACAAUGGCAGGCAUCAUCUGUGCAGACUUGUUGCUGACUCUUAUCAUUGUCAUUGUCACCUACCGAUGUGCCAGUGCUCGGCGUCAGAGGAUAGAAAAUGCUAACAAAGUGUACAUGAAUGUGCGGGCCAACUGCAAGAGCUAAUCCAAAAACUGCUCUGGGCAAUGUGAAGUUAUGUAAAUUCUUUAGAUUCUGUUUUUCAAAAAUGUAUGACAAAAUGUUAUGAAAGAUUGAGUGAACUGUUGCAUUUAUUUUAAAUACGCAAUAUCAAAGGCAUAAUUAUAGUUCAGUAGUUCCUUUUUUGUACUGUUUAAAGUAAAAUAUGGAAUUAAACUCCAACUUUUACCGUAAAAUAACCACUAACAUCCUUUUACCGUAAAAGUAUAAAAAGUUAUACCGUAUUUGUUAAGAUGAAAUUCUGCUAAUUAUAUGGCUAAACAUUGUUUAUUUCCAUGGUAAAAACCUGUAUACGGUUUUACCGUAUAAAGCGGUAAAAUGUGGAAUGAAACUCAAACCUUAAACAGUAAAAGGGGAAAAAGUUGUACCGUGUUUAUUACGGUGAAAUGCUGGCAACCACAGCUGCCCGUAUUUUACCGUUUUAAAAAAAAUGGGAUUUUUUUUGUUAUGUAUAUGGUAUUUUCAUGUUAACUAUAUGGCCAAACAUUUUUUAUUUCUAUGGUAAAAAAAAAUAUUUUACAGUAAAACAUGGACUUAACUCCAUCCUUUGCCAUAAAACCAGCAGUGCUAAUUUCCUUUUACCAGGGGAAAAACCUUUACCUUGGAAACAACAGUUUUAUUUUCUACAGUGUGCUUAUGUUUAGAAAAACUGAAUAUUAAGAGAUGUUCAUGCCUUCAAAGGAAACUGUGAAUGUGUGUUUAUCCCAUUAAAAAAACUUGAAUUAAAAA